ACAAACCUACAAACCUACAAACCUACCCUACAACCUACAAACCUACAGCGCCUCUCCUCGAGACCUAUUGCGCCGACUUCGUCUUCAAAUAAAGUAAAUAUCAUGUUCGCUUGCAGAAAAGCCGCCUUGAAACCAUAGAGAUUUGUGUGAACCUCUUUGUCAGUGGUGCAAAGAAAAAAUAUUCGCAGAGUAGAGCGAAUGAACGAUUGUAAAGCUCAUCCCAUGAACAGCCUUGGCUUACGAUACUUUUCCUUUCGUCCUUGAAAUGCUUUUGAAGAACCUGGGGCGGCAGGAAAUUUAAAUUUAUGAACUUUGCCAGUAAUUUAUCUAAAUGGCUGACGACUCAAAUUUAUUAAAACUGGUUACCGAUCUUGGAUCUAAAAUUGAGGCAACUAAAGCAAAGAUCCUAGCCAGUGAGCAAGAAGGAGACAAAUGGAAGGCAAACCUUUUGCAAACUCAAAAGGCAUUGAGCGAGCGAAAACUCCAGUUGCUCAGGCUGCGGGUCAGGUUAUCAAGUGAGAAGGAACAGCUCGCUGAGAAGGAAGAAAAGUUCAACUCCUGUCUGACUGAAAUUCAGUCUGAUCUGGCACGGCUGACGUCCAACCGCUCAUGGGUGGCCCAGUCUCGACUCCAGCUCGACAGUGUUCGUGAGCAGCGCGCACGGCUCACGGAGCUGAUGCGACAGCACGCGGCGGCCAGUCAGACGGCGGCUCAGCACACGGAACAGGCGCAGCAGCUGGAUGAGCAGCAGCAGCAACUGCACCGGCUUCAGAACGAGCGGGACCGUCUGGAGUCGACUCUGCGCCGCGGCGUGGCUCUCCAGUCGGCCCGGCAGCGGACGGCCGUCGCCGAGAGGAGUCGAGACGAGCUGGAGCGGCGUCUCCAGGAGCGGCAGAGCGAGGAGCAGGAGCAGGAGCGGGUGGUGCAGCGCCUGGAGACGGAUAUUGAACAGAAACAGGCGGAGAUGGAAUCUGAAAAGGAGAAGGUGGCCGUCAAACUCACGCGCGCUCGCAACGAGCAGAGUCUGGAAAACGAGCGGCUGAGAUCGCUCGAACUGCGCGCCGCCCAGCUGCGCUCCCAGCUCGAGGAGCCGCACACAAAGUGAUGUCAGAAUGUGACAUCAGAUGGAACGGUCGAAAUAACGUCAUCAUGGGGUGAUCUCAUCGAUGAGAAAGGCUGUGAUAUAGGAGAGUUGUCCGUUGUAGUUGACUGUUGUCUGUUUAUACUUUUGCCUGGUUAUUUGUCGGUUUAUAUUUUUGUUGAUGAUUCCUUUUUUUUGUUCGCUCAAACUUGGCGCUGACGGUUUAUUGGUGAAGCGAUAAAUUGUGCUAAACGCACAGUGUUAUGCUGUUCUUAGUUUACUGCUCAAUAAAUUGAUGUCGCCUUGUCGGCAAACGACAUAG